ACAUGGCUCCAGAGGUAUGGCUACCUUCCUCCCACAGACCCCCGAAUGUCGGUUUUGCGCUCGUCCCAGGCCAUGCAGUCUGCUAUCGCUGCCAUGCAGCGCCUUUAUGGGCUCAACGUCACAGGUUCACUGGACAGGAACACUGUAGACUGGAUGAAGAAGCCCCGGUGUGGGGUCCCAGACCAGCUAGGGGAGGUGUCCAAAUUCAAUGUCCGGAAAAGGCGGUACGCCCUCACAGGGCAGAAGUGGCAGCACAAGCAUAUCACAUACAGCAUAAAGAAUGUGACUCCAAAAGUGGGUGCAGAAGAGACCCAUAACGCCAUCCGGCGGGCAUUCAAGGUGUGGCAGAAUGUGACACCAUUGCGCUUCGAGGCCGUGCCCUACAGCGACCUAGAACGGACCAAGAAGGAUGUGGACAUCACUAUUAUCUUUGCCUCAGGUUUCCAUGGAGACAGCUCACCCUUUGAUGGUGAGGGCGGCUUCCUGGCCCACGCCUACUUCCCUGGACCUGGGAUUGGGGGCGACACACACUUUGACUCAGAUGAGCCUUGGACGCUGGGGAACCCUAACCAUGACGGCAAUGACCUGUUCUUGGUGGCAGUACACGAGCUAGGUCAUGCACUGGGUCUGGAACAUUCCAACGACCCCACGGCCAUCAUGGCACCCUUCUACCAGUACAUGGAUACAGAGAACUUCAAACUGCCACAUGACGAUCUGCAGGGUAUACAGAAGAUCUAUGGUCCCCCUGACAAGAUCCCCCAGCCAACCAAGCCACUACCCACAGUACCUCCACCCCAGGCCCACCCCCCCUCCGACCCCCGCAAGCCUGAUAGGCAGACAACCCCCCCCCAGAUUCCCACAGGGGACCGGCCUUUCAACCCCAACGCCAAGCCUAACAUAUGCAACGGGAUUUUCAACACUCUAGCCAUCCUCAGGAGGGAAAUGUUUGUUUUCAAGGACCACUGGUUCUGGAGGGUUCGUAACAAUGCAGUAGUGCCAGGCUAUCCCAUGCUCAUCAGUGUCUUCUGGAGGGGUCUGCCCGCUAAGAUUGACGCUGUUUACGAGAACAGCAAAGGCAAAUUUGUCUUCUUCAAAGGGAAGCAGUUCUGGGUGUUCAAGGACACAAUGCUGCAGUCUGGCUAUCCUCAAGACAUCUCUAUGUUCGGCCAUGGUAUGCCCACCCUUAGCAUUGAGACGGCUGUCUGGUGGGAGGACGUGGCCAAAACCUACUUUUUUAAAGGGGACAGGUACUGGAGAUACAGUGAGGAUAUGAGGACAAUGGACCCUGGUUACCCAAAACCGAUCACCGUGUGGAAGGGUGUUCCAGACUCCCCACAAGGUGCCUUUGUGGAUAAAGCCAAUGGCUUCACAUACUUCUACAAGGGGAGGGAGUACUGGAAGUUCAACAACCAGCGUCUGCGUGUGGAGCCAGGUUACCCACGGUCAAUCCUCAAGGACUUCAUGGGCUGUGAACUGACACCAAUCGACCCCGGGUAUCCACCUUCACAAGAUAUGGAUGUGGUCAUUGAGCUGGACAACGAGGCCAACACAGUGAAAGCCAUCGCUAUUGUCAUCCCCUGUGUGCUGGUGCUUUGUCUGCUAGUGCUGGUCUACACCAUCUUCCAAUUCAAGAGAAAGGGUACACCCCUCAACAUACUGUACUGUAAACGCUCCAUGCAGGAGUGGGUGUGACAGAGAGCAGGGAGAAUUGGAUGUUGAGACACUAAAGGAACAAAAUACUCCCCCCUCGCUGUGAAAACAUAUAUAUAAGACCCCCACACACACACACGCUCAGACACAUAGACAUAGCUACAUCCAGGUGUGAAGUGUCUUGGAUUGCAUUGGUUACGUAAAUCUUAAAGUAAUCGUUAAGGUCCAACUUGACAAACAAACUUCCAGCUUUUGAUGAAGUAGGAAGGAAGUGAAACAACCCUCCUCUGCCCUAACAACCAUGCAGGGUCUUGUUUCAUUGAAUCCCAGGAAGUUAAUUUACCCAUCUGUCCUCCCAACCUUUUUGCAGCCUGGUGCAACGGCUCUUAAACAAGGGAAGACUUUCAGGCCCCGUUUACACGGAAGAAAAACGCAUAUAUUUUCAUGCGGUUUGGCCUUUCAUUUACACGAAAACAGAGGUUUUAUCACGGAAAACGA